GGGACAAAAACGCAAACAUGGCGGCGUCCUUAGAUGAUGAUUUUGAGUUUAAUAACCAGGACUACUAUUCUCUACUCAACGUCAGGAAAGAGGCUACGUUGGAGGAGCUGAAGGCAUCAUAUCGGAGGCUGUGUAUGCUCUACCAUCCUGACAAACAUCGAGACCCUGAGCUGAAAAGUCAGGCUGAACGGCUUUUUAACCAGGUGCACCAGGCAUACGAAGUGCUGAGUGAUGAUCACUCCAGAGCCAUCUAUGACAUAUUUGGGAAGAAAGGGCUUGAGGUGGAAGGCUGGGAGGUGGUGGAGAGGAAGAGAACUCCAGCAGAAAUUCGAGAGGAGUACGAAAGGCUGCAGAGAGAAAGAGAAGAGAGGAGACUGCAGCAAAGAACUAACCCCAAGGGCACCAUCAGCGUGGGUGUGGAUGCAACAGACCUGUUUGACCGCUACGAAGAGGAUUUUGAAGAGAUUCCAGGAGGAGGGUUUCCCCAUAUUGAAAUCAACAAGAUGCACAUUUCCCAGUCCAUAGAGGCUCCUUUGACAAACUCUGACACAGCAGUUCUGUCUGGUUCCCUCUCUACACACAAUGGGACUGGAGGAGGCAACAUUAACAUGACUGUACGAAGAGUUACUUCAGCCAAGGGCUGGGGAGAGGUGGAAUUUGGCGCAGGAGACAUACUUGGACCUCUCAUUGGGUUAAAGGUGUUUCGUAACGUCACUCCACGGUGUUUCUUGACUGCCCAGUGCGGUUUGCAGUUCUCUCCUCGAGGUCUGAGGCCGAGCUGUUCUCUGAUGACAGCACGCCACCUGGACCAGAACACCAUGGGUUAUCUGCAGUGGCGCUGGGGGCCCAACAGCGCCAUGACCACCAGCCUUGUCCGAGACACGAAGAGCAGCCACUUUACUCUGGCUCUGCAGCUGGGUGUGCCUCACUCCUACCUAAUGAUGAGCUACCAGUACAAGUUCCAGGAUGAGGACCAGACUAAAGUUAAAGGCUCUGUUAAGACGGGCUGGUUUGGUACUGUGGUGGAAUACGGAGCAGAGAGGAAGAUCAGCCGACACAGUGUCCUGUCAGCCACUGUCAGCAUCGGGGUCCCUCAGGGAGUCACACUCAAAAUCAAGUUGUCACGUGCCAGUCAAACAUACCUGUUUCCAGUCCACCUGACAGAUCAGCUUCUGCCCAGUGCUGUCUUCUAUGCUACUGUGGGACCCCUUCUGGUCUACAUGGCCCUUCACCGACUGAUCAUCAUCCCAUAUACACGAGCACAAAAAGAGCAAGAGCUGGAGCUGCAGCGGAAGAGCUCAGCCACAGACAUCGCCAAGAAGAAGCAGGAGGCAGAGUCUGCCGUUCUGCUGAUGCAGGAGUCUGUGAGGAGAAUCAUAGAGGCGGAAGAAUCCAAGAUGGGUCUAAUCAUCCUGAAUGCCUGGUAUGGAAAGUUUGUGUCAGACACUAGCCAGAAGCAGGAGAAAGCAAAGGUGAUUGACGUCACUGUGCCUCUGCAGUGCCUGGUCAAAGACUCCAAACUCAUCCUCACAGAGUCUUCUAAGGCUGGAUUGCCGGGCUUCUAUGACCCCUGUGUGGGAGAGGAGAAGAGUCUUAAAUUACUGUACCAGUUCAGAGGUGUCAUGCACCAAGUCAUCUCUGCAGACACUGAUCCGCUACGGAUACCCAAGCAAUCUCACAGAAUAGAGUCUGAGUCCUAGGAACCCAGCACUGUUGGGGCACCAGAGGGAAAAUGCAGAAAAGAAAAACAGACUUUGUGUAAACAGAGGAACCCUAGAACAGAGGGGGCACAUCAACAAUAAGUCUGUUCCUCUCCUUUGGUCCUCCUCUGUCAUGGUAUUAGUGAAUCUGUUUAUUGAGUUCCUUCACUCCUCCUUUUCCUGUGGGCUAUCUCUGAGGUUCAGCAGAAUACAGGAGUCAGCUUCUACAAGGUGUCACGCCUUUGUGUCUCUGUAGUCUGCCACACUUGACGGGGCUGAACAAAUACCUGCCUGCUGCGGGAGAUCAGACACUGGCCCUGAACAUAGUUUUAUAUAUGCACUACACGUGGGGGGCUGAAGGUCACUGCGGACGUGGUAACCAUUCCUAUCAAUGAUGAGCUAAAAGUGAUGUAUUUAACAAUGUGUCUUGACAUUUGUUAUGUCGAGUAUUUACAGAUGAGCCGUAGAUUUACCCCAUAUCAUCGUAGUCCUUUGUCCUGUAUGUUUUUUGAAUCUGACAAUGUUAAAACAUGCCGGCUAUCUCACUAACUCAUGCAAAUGUUUAGAGUAACACUUUGCAGGCUCAUGUCUCAGUGACCCUGAGGCUGGCCUUGACUGGGAUUGAGUGCGUAAUUCAUGUUUUUGUUUACUUGUUGAAAUGUCUCACCCUAAUUUAUUAUGCCUUUUAGUGACGUGUCUGCUGCUCAUUGGGGUGCCUGUCAGCAGUUGUAAACUGGUGCUCAAAACAUAUAUAUGUGAAGAGGUUGUGAUACAGAAGUUGGGGGGAGGAACUGUACAGGGAGGGAAAGUGAUAGAGAUGCCCUUUGAUGGUAGUGAUUCAACCAAGGAGAGGCAGGCUUGAAUUCUCCAUACAGAUUUUUUAAUAUCCCAGGCUAGACAGCAAUUUAAGGGCAGAAAUUCCACUUCGAUUUGAUUUGCGUCAGUGCUUAUUGAUUACCUCUGUGCAGUUGCAGCCCAAGCUGUUUUUUUCUUUUUUUUGCUAUAAUUCUUAAGGCAUGCUGUGGCUGGGGUGCUACCAGUAGGGGGCACAGGUCGACGCUCUUCCUCAUGCACAUUGUGUGUGCUGCUGAGGUGGUCACUGUGACAGACAAUAACUUGUUACCAGAGCUGACCUGAGCCACACUAAAAAUAUUUUACUGAUUUACAUGCACAUUUACAUGACAACUUUCAUUUGUUUUACUCACUUUUCAGUUGUACUGUGCCAUCUAUUUUGCCAUUCUAAUUUUUAUUUAAUUAAAAAAUACUGAAUUAUUGAGCUAAUACCAUGUAAUGUCUUAUACAUCGUAAUGUAGAUGCUACAACCAUACUUGUCAGCCAGGGCUUAUUUUACAUGAUGAUCUACACACUAACUUACCUCUGCUAUAGCAUGGAGAAAUCUGCUAUCCUAUGAUGCACUUUGUGUUAAGAUGUAGACAGGUGUUGUUGUACAGAAGUCCCAGAGUUUUUAAUAUCAAAUGCACAGUACAGCUACUCCUGUUUGGUCAGACAUUAUUCUUUAUCCAAAUCUGUUUGUGUCUCAUUAGACAUAAAUGUGGAUUGAUACCAACUACAAAGGGAAACAUAAAAUUAUGUCUUGCAAUGAGCCACUGGGAUUCCCUGGAAACAAAACCACUACUGUAGGAUGCAAAUUGUAUUUUAUUGAAUACAAAGGUAAUAUUUUGCACAAAAUGUACAGUAUUUCACACAAACAUUAGAGGCUAGUUGUCAUGAAAGUGGUGCUGAAACCUCUAAUUAAAGCUGUACACGUUACUGUGACCGUCUCUUCGGUGGUCUGGCAUUUGGCCCACGAUCACAGCAGCCGUUUUUGCACUGAUUUUGUUCGUAGUUUGUCUUCUCUCUUGUUUUGUGUGCUGUAAGGUAUUUUGACAGGUCAGCUGUUCACAUCUGCUCUAGUGCCACCAUGAGGCCAGCAGAAAGACUGCUCCCUGCUGUUCCACUCCAGUCCAUCACCCAAACUGACUCACAUUAGUAGGUAAAUGUACUGUAUGGUUGAGGAGCCUGUGUUCUCUGUCUUGUUAAGACUACAAUAAAUAUGAGCCGAGUUGAA